AUGUCUGAUGUCCCGAGCGGUGCCCACGGUACUCGGCUGUCGGGCACGGAGGUAACCCCUGGCCGUAGUAAGGAUGUGAGGAAAGAAUCCUCGCAUAUGGGAGGCUCAUCUGCGUCCAGGAGCGGCUCUUCCCACCGGGAUUGUUCACGAAAGAGCCGACAGCAUGCCCGGGAUCACGUGACUGGCAGUGGAGGCGAAUCUGCCCCUCCACCUAACCUCUCUCUGCCUUCCACCUCACGGGAGGAAGCUAGUGCUCCGGAUUGGAAGCUGCUGAUGAACACUUUGCUUGCCUUGCGGGGCAAUGUGGAGAAGUUGAAGGAGAGCAGCGGGGCUACUGGCGGGGGCGCUGAUGUCUCCGCCACCCUUGACAGUGUAAACACGCCCGUGGAGGUGCCUUGUUCUGGUUCGGCCGCAGGGUUUUCUGGGUUUAAGUCGCCUGACCAUCGUGUGUCUAGUGAUGAUGACUCUCAAGAUGACAUUGUGCCAGGUAGUGUCCUCCUGCAGUGCGCCAAGACUUACGGACCUGUGGACGAUGUUUCUGUUGACAUUGACAAGCAGGUCGCAGACAUGGUGAACCAUGUGUUCGACAACGGCUUGCGAGACGAGGAGUACAAGGAGAUUUUGGAUGAUGACUCUGCCAGGAGGCCCGGUAACUGUCACGCUUUGGCUCCUGUAGAUUGUAACUCGCAAGUUUUGGAUGCGCUGAAGGCAGAUGCCAAAAAGGGGGAUUUUUGCAUGAAAGAGGUAAGCAAGGACAUCAUCAAAGCUGCCACUAUUCUGACUAAGUCCCUCACAGUGCUGGAUAGGAUUGCCCAGGAUGGCCGUCCAGAUGUGGCCCAUGAAGUAGGCAUGCUGAAUGGUGCUCUGGCAUUGCUUGGUCAUGCCAACCAUAGGAACAAUCUGGCCCGUCGCUUCGUCAUCAAGCGCGAGAUUAAUCAGAGGUACUCUCACCUGUGCUCUGACAAGGUGCCUAUGACUAGAUUUUUGUUUGGUGAUGACGUGUCCCAAUCUGCCAAGAACAUUGAGGACUCUGAGAAGCUGAAGAACAAGAUCAUUAUGAAGAAACCGCUACCCACUUGGAAAUUUGGUGCGGGGAAGGUCAGAGGCUCCUUCAGAAAGUUCCCCUACAAAGGAUUGGCAUCCAAGUUCCACCCUUAUGGACAGCGGACAUAUGGACACCGGAGUGAUCACCGGCAGCCCUACUCACGGCAGGGCUCGGAGGCAAAAAACUCGCGAGGCCGGGGACGCAGCAAUCCCCAGCAAUAAAUCAGAUGCCUCCACAAAAUACGAGCAGAGGCAGCAAGGGGAUGGUUGAUUGUGCCAGUGUGGCCAUCCCAACCGUGGAUGGGGACUCUGCUCAGGAUGCUCGUUCAGGAACCGCGCCUCAUACUGAGAGGGAUGAACACA